UCAUAGGGAUUAAUAAAUAAAGCUAUGUUUUGACCAUUGACAAAAUAUCGGACCAUUGACAACAUUUGACAUAACAUAUCCGAGGUGUCCAGCAUGAGAGGUUGACGACUAAAGUUUGAUAAAACGGAGAAAAUAUUGUGUACGGGAAAAAACAAAUAUAUAGAAAGGUAGUCAUGUCUUUCCUAAAGAAUGUGUUUUCGUCAAAGCCAGAGAUAAGUACGUCCUCGCCAACAGUGUCAAAGAGUUCAAGGCUUAAUGGAAUUCUUCGUAAAGAAAGUACUUCGGAUAGCAGUAGUGUAGACACUUUCGAUUCAAGAUGCUCUAUCUGUAUAGAAACUCAAAGUGCAUACAUAUCAAAUUCUGAAAAUUCUGGUGACGAUUCAGACUCUUGUAUUGACUGUGGCAGUAAACUAGGAAAAAAUAACUCUAAAAUUAACCCUAAGAGAGUCUCAUUCAACGCACAAGUGAAAAGGCGGGUAUUUUUGUCAGACGCCAGUGAAAGGACACGUGAUAAAACAAACCAAAAUGCAGUUAGACAUUCAAUGCAUGUGAAUCCACACAGCCAUUCAAUCCCUGUCAAUCCACAAUACCAUAGACAUUCAAUCCAUGUCAAGCCGAAUCAUCACAGACAUUCACUACAAACAUCAGGAUAUGUUAUGUAUGUUCCCAAUCAUCCGGGAUCUUCGUACCAAAUAACAAAUAAAGGAACAGUGUAUUUCAGAAUUAUAUGAACUUACUUUUUGAAUUUUUACACCAUGUAAAUAAGUCUGCAGCAAAGUGCAAUAACACGCAAAUGUGUCAGAAAUUAUCAAUUAUUGUUGAGUUAAUAAAAACAUUUUAUUAAA